AUGACAACCCCCAAACCCCACAUCGCACACACGCUCCUCUUGCGCGCGCACUCCCCCGACACAGCCUCGCAACUCUUCACCGAGCGCAUAAAACAAAAGCCUCUCUACGUGCGUCCCACGUCCCCAACGCCCGCCGACAACCGCUCGCGCCGGCGUCUCCAUCGCCUCCGCAAGAAAGAGUAUUUCCUCCGCAAACAAAAGCCGCAGCCUUUAUCCGCGCGCCAGAAGCGCGCCUCGGGCCUCUACAACCUCCCCAAGGAAGAAUGCAAGUAUGCGGUUUUCCAGGAGCUGCAUGCCAUGUGGGUGCGGUAUAUGCAGGAUAUGUUAGACUUGGGGGCAAAGAAAUUUAAACCGCCGAUGACGCCGUUGUCGCAUGGGAGUAAGCUCUCCAGUGCGGAUUUUCAUGGCGCGGAGGUGGAGGUUGUAAGGAGUCGGUGUGAGGGGAGGGUCGGGGUUAAGGGGAUUGUGGUUAGGGAUACGAAGUUUACGUUUGUGGUUGUUACGAGGGGGGAUGAGGUUAAGACUAUUCCGAAGGAGCAGACUAUUUUCCGGUUUAGUGUGCCUUUGCCUGAGGCGGAUGAUGCUGAUGGCGCGGCGGUGACUGGGGAGACGAGCGCCGAUUCUGCUAAGAAGCAGCUUGUGUUCGAGCUUCAUGGCAGUCAGUUCCAGAAUCGUCCGGUUGACAGGGCGAACAAGAAAUUCAAGUGGCGGAAUGUGGAUUAUAUCUAA